AGCGAGAGUACAAGGGGACUCUCCACCAACUCGGCAUCCGCAAUAUUCGAAUGCCGUGGCUGCAUCGGCGUUCGCCGACUUAAGAGGCUGUGCUAAACCGCGGCACUGCCACCGUCCUACUUCAUCGAUCUGUGUUAAGUUUUGUCAUGUUGCCGCUGUCUCUGCUAAAUGCUGCCCAAAACAAACCAAUGCUUGUGGAGUUAAAGAAUGGGGAAACGUUUAACGGACACCUUGUUGACUGCGAUACUUACAUGAACUUAACACUUCGAGAGGUCUACCAGACCAGUCCGGAAGGAGACAAGUUCUGGCGCCUGAAAGAGUGUUAUAUCCGCGGCAGCACUAUAAAGUAUAUUCGCGUCCCAGAUGCUUUAUUAGACACCGUGAAAGAGGAGCAGCAACGGGCCCGAGAGGCUGGAAGAGCGCGUGGCGGAGGCACAAGAGGAGCGAGAGGAACGCAACCCCGAGGUAGAUUUUGUAGCAUUUUUCAGCGGUACGAACAUAAUCCGGACUCACCCAUUUCCCAAGGGAGGGGGACAGGACGAGGUGCAUCUCAGGUGACCCGUGGCGCGCGAGGAGGAAGGGGUGGACGUGGGAUAUAGAAGUGCUCCCGCAAGCUAUCCACUUGGAUUUGAAAA